UAGUUAAGGACAUUUUUCCAGCAAAGAUCUAUGGGACAGAAACCAGUAUAAUGGAGGACAGUGACCUAGUAGUAAAAUGUAGUACAUUUGGGCAUAAGGAUGAAACGGAAGUGGUACAUGUGUACUUGUGUUUGGAUGGGGUUGCAGUGUAUGUGGACAAAUGUCAAACACAUGAUACCCUUUUCACCAUGAAAAGCGUAACUAGCCAACAGUGGCAAUUACAGCUGGGUGUUCUCCGAAACCCAGUAUCUACUAUCUGAAGUGCAAGGAAAAGGAGAUAAUUCACUUUCCAUCCAGGUGAUGGGUAAGGAUAUUUUUACUGUCUGGAUAUGUUAUUGUUGUUAGACAUAUUGAACAUAUGGAUACAAUAUACUUUCAUAUUUUUGAUACAAUAUUUCAAUGUGACUGCAAACACACCUUCAUAUUCCUCUCUUUUCCACCUCAUGCAGACCGGAUUCUCCUUGCAGACAUGGAUAAGAGAUAAUAAUGAUAUCACUUUCAGGCUCAAGCACUGUAAGAGAGGGAGAGGAUGUGGAGUUCCAAUGUACUAUUAUUAGAGCCCCCCAGAAAAUAAUAAUAAUAAUAUGCCAUUUAGCAGACGCUUUUAUCCAAAGCGACAUACAGUCAUGUGUGCAUACAUUUUUACGUAUGGGUGGUCCCGGGGAUCGAACCCACUACCCUGGCGUUACAAGCACCAUGCUCUACCAAUUGAGCUACAGAGGACAACUUAAAUAGAAAUGACCAGUCACUCUUACCUCUGCAAGAAUGGCACUGCUGUUCAGAUGCAGCUGUUUGAUGUUAACCGGAUGGAGGCAACUUUUACGAUUAAAAGUGUUAUUAAGAAUGACACAGGCAACUACAGCUGUGUGCUUGACCUGCAAUCAAAACCCUUGAAUAUACAGACAGGAAAUUAUAUGGAAAUAAUUCAGCCUUUCUUCAGGUUAAUGAAUUUAUAGCUUAAAACUUUUGGAAACACUUUUUAUUCAUAGUCACUAUAUGAAAGGAAGAGGUCAAGAGACAAAAAAAUUGACAAGAAAUGUGAAUAUCCAUCUACUCUGUAUUUCAGAGGCUGCACAUGAUAUGAGUCUGGUCAAUGUAAUCCGACUGAUAAAUUCAGUUGUUGUGGUCAUACUUCUUCUGACUGUAGUGGCUGUUAGUUACUACUGUCCAAAUGUGGUGAGUUCAAUGUCUUGAAAUAUGGGACACAGGGAACUUUGGUAUAGUUUGGGGAUUUUCAUAAAAGUCAGGUAGUAAGUUUUAAGUUUCUCUGUUGGGGGUGUUAUUUCUGAUCGUAAGAGGCGUAAGAGGCCAUUUGUAUAGAAAACAACACCUGUCCGGAUGUGGACCUAUUCAGUCACAUUCUUAUUUUUAGCCAUGUGCUCUGUCUCACAGUAUUUCACAGGCAAUGCUGUUUACAGUGAAGCACUGAAGUUAAAAGGUAUAAUGAUGAACACAGAAAUAUAAAUAAGACCUGGGGUCUCUCCACACAUAGCUUCCAUCUACAUGUAAAGUCACAAUGCAGGAUGUGGGCCUGACGUUUUCUGUGCUUUCUGUUCUCAGAUGCAGCAACUGAAGGGCCUAAAGCAGAAGCAGUGUACCAGACCACACACAUAGACAGGAUGUUGUCAGUACAUUUAAUAAUGGCAAGCUGCAUUAUCAAGCCAUACAUGUGAACUGUUGAUCUUUCAUUGUGCAAGCAUACAAUAUAUCUUGUCUACUCACUCCUUGCAUGCUGUAGUUUAAUGUAGUGAACAUUACUGUUAGUCAAGUCCACAUGUUCAUUAUGUUGAUAACUGAUACACUUAAUAUUCAAUUUAAUGUUUUACUCAUGCACUAGUUGAGCUACUGAGCUACUGCAAUGCUUUCAGUAAAGUUCAAAUGAUAUCAGACGCCCCGAACUCCAUCCUUAUAAUCAUAAGAUAUACAACAUAAAGAGAGACGUUACACAUGCUCUCUUGCAAACUCAAGUUGAUAUGAUUGCCUGUUUUUGUGGACUUCAUUUUGUGAAGCAGUGUAACUUGAAUGAGAGUUUUGAAAGGGAAGACACACUUUCUAGAGUACUACAUACUACAGUAUCUGAUAGAGGAAUUAUGAUUAUGACUAAAAUUGUUAACCCCAAUACUGAUGAUGACUGUGUGAACUGUGUUAGGGUUAUCAUUAUAAACCCACUAACAGAGGGGGUGAGUUAGAAACUGCUGAGACAAACAUUCCAGGGUGAAGGGGACUGAGAAACUGGUUAAAGGCCUCCUAAAGGUGGGCGGAGCAAAGUGCCUUUGUGUGUCAAGGGGUAUAAAAGCUGUAUAUGUGUUUUUUGCAUUAAGCAUUAAGUUUGAUUAAUUAGAGAUAUAAAUUCUCGUGACAGUAUCAUUAUUGGAUACCGUUGUGCUCUUCACUGAAAAUAUAAAAAUGUUUCCCUUAAGUAAGAAGAUUGCAGUCAUAGUGCAGUAUAACUAGUAUAACUGCAGUUAGAGUGCAGUAUAACUGCAGUAUGCUGCAAAUAUUGCAUCCAAAAUAACACAGUUUUUUUUUCCUGCAGUAAUUAUGCAGUGUAACUGCAGUUAUUCUGCAAUUGCUGAGUCCAAAAUAUCACAGUCGACGGCAUUUACUGCACUUUUACUGCAGUUUUAAAACUGCAAUCUUUUUUUGUAAGGGUUUUACUCAUUAUAAAUGUGUUGUAGCUUUUUCUAAGUCAGUAUCAUAGGCCUGGGGAGUUUGGAACCCCACAUUAAAAAAGCUAAUAGGAAGACUGUGUUACACAUUGCAAAAAUAUCUAAUGUAACACUGUCACUCCUCAUAGCAUACAAAGCCCUAGCUAAAACAGACUGAAAGAUCAAAUAUUGUUUAAAACAAAUAUCCACUUGAGAUACCCAACCUACACCAUUAGUCACUACAUAUGAAUCCCACAGCCUCUACUCUCUAACUUUACUGAUACAGUUAUCAAGGUGGCAGUGUACUAGAAAGUCAAAGAAGAUGAUAAAGUAGUAAUCCAUAGGAAUUGAUUGAACAAAUACAUGUUUGGGUUGUAUUGUAAUCAGACCAUCGUAUCAUAGAAAUUGUCCAGUUUCAAUAAAGUCACUGCUUCCUAAAAGCUGCUGCAUUAGUGAACAUUUACCAUAGAUAUAUGUUCAUUUACCACAAUAUAUGAAUACGCACAGGUUCUCUCUUUAAAGAUGAAUAGUCAUUGUAAUAACCUAUAAUAUAUAUUUUCUACCGCUAUGUGUGUGAUAUCUGAUACAGUAUGUGUGUGUAAACAAUCAAAUAGGUUAUAAAAAGCAGUCGUGCUGCGUCCAGCCAUCUCAUUCAAUGUAUUACCUGGUAUUCACCAGAAAGGUGUGUGGUAGUUAUUGGGGAGAACUCAAAGGUAAUACCUAAGUACCGGUGCUUGUUAUGGUGAAUCACACAUGAGUAACAACUCGUAAAUUAUUAUGUAACUACUAGAUAAAAUGACCUAAGACAUUUGACUGUGUCCUUUAAUAUAAACAGGGUGAAGUGGGUCAUUGAAAGCUCUGUGAUGCAACCUCUCAUCAUGGUCAAAGACGCUUCUAAUAGAACCCUAUUGUUUUCCGGAUAUUCACACAUAAAAACUGUACAUGCUGAGACCUACCUCCUCCUCAGUCUUUUAUAGUGUCAUAUAGGCCUAGAAGAUCACAAAAGGCUGCAAGUCACAUCAUGGGUUCCAUCUUUCUUAUGAUAUGUGAGUAUCUUUACAAAUAUAGAUUAGAGUAAGCAUAUGGUCUCAAAAUGAUCCAUACGUAUAGUACGUACUCAGUAUGCAGUCAAUGUAUUUCUAUUUAAACUGCCUAUUGUGUAAAUAUCCCAUUAUUUCAUCACAGUCACAGUAACAGCAGGUGUACAGGCCAUCUCUGAGGAAAUAGGUAAGAGGACAUAUUUUUUUUCCUAAUUGCAAAGAGUUAAAUUAAUUUGCCGAUUUAUUCCAAACAUGAUUAUUACAAAGACGUUUAAUCAUUCUUAAUUCUCUCCUUCACUCUCAAAUGAUGUAGCUGUCUACCCCGCAAAGCUUUUUGGAUCAAAGUCUUACGUUGGAAAGGGAGAUACUUUAGAUUUGAAGUGUAGCAUCUCUGACAUCAAAAGAUCCUGGGACAAGGUUCAUGUGUACAUUUGCAAGAAUGGAGUUGGGAUGAAAAUGAAGGUUCUGGAGAAAGGUGAAGAUGACACCAUUUUCACCAUGAAGGAUGUUACAAAGGAAGACUCAGGCAACUACAGCUGUGUGUACACCAGAGAUAAACUUAUACCCAGUCACGUGUUCUCAUCAGGCAAGAAUUUAGUAGCUAUCCAGGUCUACGAAAGUAGGAUUUAUUUGUGGAAAAUGUUGUUAAUUCAUUUAUUUGGCCUUUUGCUAUCCGUUUUUCAUUUGUCUAUUCAUGUUAUGUGGGAUUGAUGUAUUUAAGAUUUCGUCUCAAUAUACAUUUUUGUAGGUUGAUUCUAAAGAUUCUAAGGGGGGGGGGGGGGGGUCAUACCAUGGAUUAUUAGCUAUUACAUUUUUUUAUUUUAGGACCCCUUUAGGUAUAAAAAAAUAAAAAAAAGAUUUGUUAAAAUAAUAAAUCAUAAGGAAUAAGGUUUUGAAGUGUCUGUCCUACAUUUAGGAGAUAUAAGAAAGCUCUGGAAAUAUUUUUUGUUUUUUUACACAUAUUUAACCACAUUUUUGGAGUAGGCACAAAACUACCUCCAUACUUCUGUUCAUACUAGUCCCGUGCCAAUAGGGCUAUAGGCGGUUGCGGUGGAUUGAGACAGCCCAUGCAAAAAAACUGAUAUCUCUAGCUUAAACUGACAGAUUUUGAUGGGGAUUCUUUAAAUCAUGUUACUUAGAAUGACGCAUCGGUGUCAACAGACUCUAGGGGGUUAACAUCAGAGGAGGCUGGUGGGAGGACCUAUAGGAGGACAGGCUCAUUGUAAUGUCUGAAAUGGAAUAAAUGGAACUGUAUCAAACACAUCAAAUAUAUGGAAACCACAUGUUUGACUCCGUUCCAUAAAUUCCAUUCCAGCCAUUACAAUGAGCCUGUCUUCCUAUAGCUCCCCCCACCAGCCUCCUCUGGUUAACAUUGACUUUGGCUGAUUAUAUACUUUAUACUUCCAUUGAAGUAAGAUUUGUCCUUAUGGGAUGUUUUAGGGUGUGGCAGAUGGUGGGGGGUUGAUUCCAUGUCAUUGACCACAUGGACACACUUAGAUAGAAUAAGUUCUGUCUAAAUGAUGAUGCAUCCAUCUACAUUUGGCCUCUAUUUCAGAGACUGCACAUGAUGUGAUACUGGUCAAUGUAAUCCGACUGAUAAGUUCAGCUGUUCUGGUCAUACUUCUACUGACUGUGGUGGCUGUUAGUUCCUGCUGUUCAAAAAGAGGUAAUUAUGAUGAUUGAUGUCUCUUUUCUGGAUGACAUACAGUAGUGAUCUAAUGACAGAUAACUUUUGGUAACCCUUCCUAUGAAUACUCUCUUCAUAAUGCAUUAUAAGCACACGUACACUGAGUAUACAAAACAUUAAGAACACCUUUCCAUGACACAGACUGACCAGGUGAAUCCAGGUGAAAGCUAUGAUCCCUUAUUGAUGUCACUUGUUAAAUCCACUUCAUUCAGUGUAGAUGAAGGGGAGGAGACAGGUUAAAGAGGGAUUUUUUAAGCCUUGAGACAAUUGAGACAUGGAUUGUGUAUGGGUGCCAUUCAGAGGGUGUAUAGGCAAGACAAAAGAUUCAAGAGUCUUUGAAUGGGGUAUGGUAGUAGGUGCCAGGCGCUCCGGUUUGUGUCAAGAGUUGCAACGCUGCUGGGGUUUUCCACGCUCAACAGUUUCCCGUGUGUAUCGAGAAUGGUCCACCACCCAAUGGACACCCAGCCAAUUUGACACAUCUGUGGGAAGCAUUUGAGUCAACAUGGGCCAUCAUCCCUGUGGAAAGCUUUCGACACCUUGUAGAACGCAUGCCCUGACUAAUUGAGUCUGUUCAGAGGGCAAAAGGGGGGGGUGGGAGAGGGGGUUGCAACUCAAAAUUAGGAAGGUGUUCUUAAUGUUUGGUAUACUCAGUGUAUAACGCCUUAUGAGACAUGCAUAACACAUUAUAAUUGCAGCCGCUAAUAACUGCUCAUAAAUAUAACUACAUUCAUGAAGCAUUAAAUACUUAUAAACACUAGUUUUACUGUACUCCUCACACAUGGCACAAUUGUAAUUUAACCUACAACAAGGGAUUAUGCUUAUACAUUUUAGUAGGAUAUAAAUUAUCAAUAGGCUUUUAUUUGUCUUUUGGCAAAAAGUUAUUAACAUGCUAAGAUAUGUGCUAAUAUAUUGUAGACAAAAGAGCCAAGCAGCGAGUGCCCAAGGAAGAUACAUGAUGUAAGCUUAAUAAUAGUCUAUUAUCGUCUCCAUACUAAUGUGGCACAACAAGAGAUAUUGAAACAGUGGACUUUGUUUCAUUUUCACAGGCACUGAAGCUAAAAAGGACUACUACAGUAUGUACUGUAAUCUGCCAACCUGGUCCAAUGGUACAAUAUGUGACCGACCAGCUCGAUUCGGUCUUAUGUAGCAAAAUUUGAAAUUGUGUUUUUUACAUUGGAUAAAAGUAGAGACUCAGAGCUAGAACAUGCUUUAUCAUACACUGCUGAAGAGGAACAAUGGGAAAGUCAUUCUGCUUUGAGUUGAUAAACUUGUAACCCCACUUUUGAGAAAAUGGCUCGUGAAUAUUUUGGUACACAACAUGACCUGUACCAAAGUGAGAUUAGGAUAUAGGCCAAGGACUAGAUAGUUUGUUUUUACUACUACUUUUUGCUAUUACUUUCAUCACUUUUAGUCUUGAAAUCCUCUGUAGCUCAAUUGGUAGAGCAUGGCGCUUGUAAUGCCAGGGUAGUGGGUUCGAUCCCUUGGACCACCCAUACGUAAAAAUGUAUGCACACAUGACUGUAAGUCGCUUUGGAUAAAAGUGUCUGCAAAAGUGGGGUUACAAGUUUAUCAACUUUCAAAGCAGAAUGACUUUCCCAUUGUUCCUCUUCAGCAGUGUAUGAUAAAGCAUGUUCUAGCUCUGAGUCUCUACUUUUAUCCAAUGUAAAAAACAAAAUUUCAAAUUUUGCUACAUAAGACUGAAUCGAGCUGGUAGGUCACAUAUGACGGUGAUCCUAAGGGGAAAAUUAGCUUUACAGGGCCAGCCUUUUUCGAGAAAAUGUGGGAAAUGAAUGAGCAACCUACAAUCAAAUACCAAUGUUACUUUGCUCAAUGGCUAUUUAUAGUACUGUUUUUAGCUUUAAUUGCUAUAAGUUUGUUGUAACAUUACCUGAUGCUAUGGGGUAGUGACAUUCACUGUGAAGGAAUUAAUUCAGAAUAUAUUGACAGAAUGCUUAAGAAUGUAUACAGUUUGUUUAUUGGUAUAAUGCAUCUUAAGAUUAAAGUGUAUAAUGCUUUUUUUGUAUAUUGAAGGAAAACUCCACCCAAAAACUAUUUUUUGGUAUUUGUUUCACUAGUCCGUUGUUGAUAUAGUCCCAAAAUGUUUUGCAUGUCAUCAAUCAAGUUUUCAAGAUAUGCAACUUAAAAAAUACAGAAAUCUGUCCUGUCUCUUCAAGACUUCAUUGCUGACAUGCAAAGCAUUUUAAUAGCCAUUUAUUUCACACAGUUUUUGUCUUUGCAAAGAUAUAUGCGCAAUUCUUCUCUUAUUUGUCUUUUGUCAUUUACAGUAUAGCUACAUGUGAAACUGUAGCAGUUAGCCAUAUGGCGCUGUAAAUAUAACAGAACCUCUUCAUUGCUCUAAUGACACUCCUACUUUUGAAACUGAACUUAUAAGGGAUUGAGCGCUUUGUUACAAAAGUAAUGCUGAAUCCAUUCUCAGUAUAUGAGGAACAUUAUCAGCUAUAGUCCGAUUUAUUAUUCGUACAAUGUGUGGUUACUGUUAUGAGCCUACAUAUGUGAGGCACAUCAACAUUGUAUUUCUCUGAAACCAAACCUCUACACAAAAUCUCAGCCAAUACAUCAUGGCAGCAUUAGCACUCACAUGGCUUGUGAUCUGUGAGUAUGUUCUACUUUUCGAAUGAUAUAAAUGAUCAAGAGCAAUAUUUAUUUUAAUUUUCUUGUUUCUAGUAUCUUACAAAGCUCAUCUGCAUUAUAGAGAAACAGGACUUAAUCUUGUAUUCUUGUUCCAAGUAGUCACAGCAUCCAAACUUGCCAAAUCUGAAUACACAGGUAAAGUAGUUAUGUUUAAAAAUAUAGUAUCUACAGUAUAUAGAGUACUCAGAAAACACAAAUUAAAUUAUAUUCAUACAAACAGCUGUUUAUCAUCCACUUAUUCUUGGAAGUUAUUCACUAUAGAGUAUUUUGAUCUAUGCAGAUAUCUACCCUGCAAGGCUCUUUGUACCAACAUUCAAGGUGAGAGAAGGAGGUCAUAUAGAUUUUAAAUGUAGCACUGUCAGCCUGGAACAACACUGGGACAAGGUUAAUGUUUAUCUUUACAAGAAUGGAGUUGGGAUGAAAAUGAAGGUUCUGGAGAAAGGUGAAGAUGACACCAUUUUCACCAUGAAGGAUGUUACAAAGGAAGACUCAGGCAACUACAGCUGUGUCUACACCAGAGAUAAACUUCUACCGGAUCAAGUGAAGUCAACAGGCGAGAAUUUAGUAGUCAUCCAGGUCUAUGGGGAAGAAGCUACGCUUUUGUUAAUGUGUGUGUAUGUUUGUAAUGAUUAGAAAUAAUGGUGAGUGGAUUGCUGUGCACAUUCAGUAUUUAUCAAUUUGUUGUGUGGUUGAGUAUUUUUUCUUCAGACGCUAAAAUACAGUAUAUUCUAUUAAACCACAAAUUGCAUUCUUAAUACUAAAUCAACUUACACUUAGGUACACAUUUUUACUUCCACUUAAAUCAAAUGUUCUGCUUUUAAUUUUUUUAAGUAGAAGUUAGGGUUCACCCCUUAUUUAGUAUUUUGUUUCAUGCAGAGAUCUACCCCGCAAAGCUCGAUGGACCAUC